AUGAUCAUAGCNCUGCUGCGCUGCGGCCUGCGCGCCCACGAUAACCAGGUGCUCCACUGGGCUCAGAGCAACGCAGAUUUCGUUAUUCCCCUCUACUGCUUCGACCCACGGCACUACCUGGGGACCCACCUCUACGGCUUCCCUAAGACAGGGCCCCAUCGGCUCAGGUUUUUGUUGGAAAGCGUGAAGGAUCUGAGGGAAACGCUCAAGAAAAAAGGAAGUACCCUGGUGGUGAGGAAGGGGAAGCCGGAAGAUGUGGUCUGUGAUCUGAUUACUCAGUUGGGCUCUGUCAGUGCUGUGGCUUUCCAUGAAGAGGCCACACAGGAGGAGCUGGAUGUGGAGAAGGGGCUGUGCCAGGUGUGCAGUCAGCACGGGGUGAAGAUCCAGACAUUCUGGGCAUCCACGCUGUAUCAUCGGGACGAUCUUCCCUUCAGGCCUAUUGCCAGGUUGCCCGAUGUCUACACCCAUUUCCGAAAAGUGGUGGAAUCUGGGGUGAAGGUCCGGCCAACCCUGCGCAUGGCAGAGCAGCUAAAGCCUCUGGCUCCAGGGGUGGAAGAAGGGUGUAUCCCUACGAUGGAGGACUUGGGACAGAACGAUCCUGUGACUGAUCCACGAACAGCCUUCCCCUGCAGUGGAGGAGAGACCCAGGCAUUAAUGAGACUGCAGUAUUAUUUUUGGGACACGAACCUGGUUGCAUCUUACAAGGAGACUCGGAAUGGACUGGUGGGAAUGGAUUACUCAACCAAAUUUGCACCAUGGCUGGCACUGGGCUGCAUUUCACCUCGAUACAUCUAUGAGCAGAUCCAGAAGUAUGAAAAAGAGAGAGCGGCAAAUCAGAGCACAUACUGGGUCCUGUUUGAACUGCUGUGGCGGGAUUACUUUCGAUUUGUGGCCCUGAAGUAUGGCAAAAGGAUUUUCUCAUUAAGAGGUCUUCAAAGUAAAGAAGUCCCCUGGAAGAAGGACCUUCAGCUCUUUGACUGUUGGAAAGAUGGCAAAACAGGGGUUCCUUUUGUCGAUGCCAACAUGCGAGAGCUGGCUGCGACAGGCUUCAUGUCUAACAGAGGGCGGCAGAAUGUUGCCAGCUUUCUCACCAAGGACCUGGGUCUGGACUGGAGGAUGGGGGCAGAAUGGUUCGAAUACCUGCUGGUGGAUUAUGACGUUUGUAGCAAUUACGGCAACUGGUUAUACAGCGCUGGUAUUGGCAACGACCCACGGGACAACAGGAAGUUUAACAUGAUUAAACAAGGCCUGGAUUACGAUGGCAGUGGGGAUUACGUCCGGCUGUGGGUCCCAGAACUACAGGGCAUAAAGGGAGCAGAUAUCCAUACCCCUUGGGCACUCAGCAGUGCUGCUCUCUCCCAGGCGGGAGUAACUCUCGGUGAGACCUACCCACAGCCACUUGUGACAGCCCCAGAGUGGAGCCGACACAUCAACCAGAGGCCCGUGAGUACUGGGAAGGUUCGGGUGGGGAGAGGACCGGCGCACACACCAAUGCAGCACAAAGACAGAGGGAUAGAUUUUUACUUCUCUCGCAAGAAAGAUGUACGAUGA